GUGUGAAUGGCACGAGGCGAAUUUCUCCUGUUCUUUGCUUCUGUUCCUGCCUCUAUGGCUUUUUCCCCCUCCUGCCUGGAUGGGAGAGGAUAAGAAAUAGACACAGGGGGUGCAUCGGUGUUAUUUUCUGUGUCUGCUCCCCUCUGCAAAGUUUGCAGUGAUCGACUGCAGUCAUCGGAAGGACACACGAAUGUGCACACAGACACACUGUUCUAUUUGCCAUCGAGUCACUUCGGUUGUGUUUUAUCUGACCGGAAGCGAAAGGCAUGGCCGUGUCUUCCCUGAUCUGCUCUGAAACUAUAAGCAGGGUGAGCUCUGUCCUCAACCGAGAGGUGAAGCAAUUUGGAAAGAAGUACAUGUUUGACGGAAAUGAAGAAACUAGUUGGAGCUCAGACCAGGGUGCCAUCCAGUGGCUGACAAUGGAAUUUCCUCAGACCGUCCAGGCGUCUCAAAUUCAAAUUCAAUUCCAGGGGGGAUUUGCAAGCCGAAAAUGCAUCCUCCAAGGAGGACGGAAAGGAGAAGACCUCUCCACUGUUGCUGAAGUCUACCCUGAAGAUAACAAUUCUCUCCAAAGCUUCCCAUUCAAAGCAGAACCACUGGAUCAACUGAAAAUCACUUUUCAAAACAGCUCAGAUUUCUUUGGGCGAAUUAUCAUUUACCAUCUCGACAUCCUCGGGCAGAAACUUUGAUUAGAGAAGGAAGCGAAAGCUGAAGGAUUUGUGAAGCUGGCAGACUGGACUGGACGUUCCCUCUGUCAGAAAUGGUGUAGGGUCUUCUGCUUGGACGGAAGGUCGGACUAGAUGACUUACAAGGUCCCUUCCAACUCUUGUUAAUCUGUUAAAAUACCAGUCUGGGACUUCUAAGAUGGUGUGAGCUAGAUUUGACUGAUUUAAGUUUGGUGCUUUGAGAGCAAAUGAACUUCCUUCCUUCCUGUUUUUCUCCUAUGUCAGGAGGACUUUGAACGGCUGGGGGGAAAAAACAGUUUCACUCUUGAGUGUGGCAACUAGAGGUUUUCUUUUUUAAAAAAAACCCUACAUUUUCCGUGCUGAAAGGGCCUCUGGUUCUAACUUGAAAUCUGGGCUACUACAGGUGACGUACAAUUGACGUACAACAAUUUACUCAGUUAUGACAUCCCUACAAUCACAGGAUCAGAAUUCAGGUGUUUGGCAAACCACAUGUCCCAAUGGUGCUUUUUUUUUCAAGAGGGAAAUGGACUUUCAGAUUCGCUCCACAAGCAGGUAACAAAUUUAUCAACGUGAUAAAAGAUUCACUUAACAAUGGUGGCAAGAAAGGUGGUGAAAUGGGGUAAAGCUCACCAGCAAAUGUCUUGGGUAACAACAUAAAUUUUGGGUUCCAUUGUGGUCGUAAGUCGAGGAUUACCUGUAAUGCAUCCAGUUUUGG